AUGAGCCGCCUCAGCCUCCCCGUCGUGCUCGGCGCCCUCCUGGCGCUGGCGGCGGCCGGGCCCACCCAGUUCUUCCGCGAGGAGUUCGGGGACGGAGAUGCCUGGACCCGCCGGUGGGUGGAAUCGAAGCACAAGCCUGACUACGGACGGUUUGUCCUCACGGCUGGCAAGUUUUACGGUGACGCCGAGAAGGACAAAGGGAUCCAGACGAGCCAGGACGCCCGGUUCUAUGCCAUCUCCUCCCGCUUUGAGCCCUUCAGCAACCGGGACAAGACGCUGGUGGUGCAGUUCACGGUGAAGCACGAGCAGAACAUCGACUGCGGCGGUGGAUACGUCAAGCUCUUCCCGGCCAGCCUGAGCCAGGAGGACAUGCAUGGUGACUCCGAGUACAACAUCAUGUUCGGCCCUGACAUCUGCGGCCCCGGCACCAAGAAGGUCCAUGUCAUCUUCAACUACAAGGGGAAGAACGUCCUGAUCAACAAAGACAUCCGCUGCAAGGAUGAUGAGUUCACCCACCUCUACACGCUGGUGGUCCGGCCUGACAACACCUACGAGGUGAAGAUCGACAACGGGCGGGUGGAGUCGGGCAGCCUGGAGGAGGACUGGGAUUUCCUGCCCCCCAGGAAGAUAAAGGACCCCGAGGCCCGGAAACCUGAUGACUGGGACGAGCGGGCCAAGAUUGACGACCCCGAGGACACCAAGCCCGAGGACUGGGACAAGCCCGAGCACAUCCCCGACCCCGACGCCAAGAAGCCGGAGGACUGGGAUGAGGAGAUGGAUGGGGAGUGGGAGCCCCCCGUCAUCCAGAACCCCGAGUACAAGGGCGAGUGGAGGCCCCAGCAGAUCGACAACCCGGACUACAAGGGGAAGUGGGUGCACCCUGAGAUCGACAACCCCGAGUACAGCCCUGACCCACACCUCUACGCCUAUGACAGCUUUGGCGUCAUCGGCCUCGACCUCUGGCAGGUGAAGUCCGGCACCAUCUUCGAUAACUUCCUAAUCACGGAUGACGAGAAGCUGGCGGAGGAGAUCGGGAACGAGACCUGGGGGGCCACCAAGGAGGCGGAGAGGAAGAUGAAGGAGCAGCAGGACGAGGAGCAGCGGAAGAAGCAGGAGGAGGAGGAGAAGCAACAGAAGGAGGAGGAGGGGGACGAGGAGGGGGACGGGGACGAGGAGGAGGAGGAGGACGAGGAGGAGCCCGAGCCCGAGGAGGCGGAGGCGGCUCCGCGGGACGAGCUGUGA